AUGCUUGGCAAGUACGACCCCUUCAACGUGACCUCGCCGAAUUCUGUUUCGAUUGAAACUAUCUCAUCUGGUGAUAUUGUUGUCGACGUAAAUUUGAAUGCCAAGGUUGAGGCGAUGGGACUGCCUGCACAAGCUCAGUUGAGGUUUGUGCUGGUACAACCUACGGUUUUCGUCGAAGUAGAAGCGGAUAUGUACGCAUGUGAGCCGGAUGCGCCUGCGUCAGUGUGUACCAACUUGACAGUUGCGGAUCUUCAGAAUCACUUGGAAAAUGCGACCACGAAAGAACCCUUUGCGAACACCAUAAAGAAGGUGUUGAAGAGGAUCAAGGACGCAUCUGUAAAAUCUUUCUCCCUCAGCUACCAGUCGAUGUCGAAUUUCAAGUUAAGCUUCGACAGCUCAAGUUUUGUAUUCCGCACUCUCCUGCAUCUCAUUCCCGACUACGAAGCCGAUGAUUUCAAUACGGAAGGCAUCAUCAAGACGGGCUACUUGAAGAUAAUGAGUCGUCAUGCUCCCAAACUGCUGAACUACUUCAUUAAAGACAUGCUGGAACCCUCGUUCGGUGCGACAUGCCUGACAGAAGAAUAG